AGACAUCCUGAUAACUCGCUAUCACUGAAGAUAGGCCAGCGUUUCAUCAGUUCACUCUCAGCGCAGUUUAACAGUAACAAAAACCACCGGCAAAGUGAUGGACCAAACUUGCCUUUAUCUGCUUUUUCUUUCAGGACUGCUGUCAUUAACUCUGUGUAUACAACAAGAGUAUAUUCUAAUCAAGGAGGCAAUGACGUGGGGAAAUGCACAGAAUUACUGCAGGACGCACCAUACUGACCUGGCCACCGUUCAGAGUACUGAAGACUGGGCGCGUCUGCGAGAAGCAGCAGAUCCGUUUUCCGACAUUGCCUGGAUCGGACUGUACAAUGACAUCAACAGCUGGCGCUGGUGCUAUAACGAGGAGAGUCUGGUGUUCACGAACUGGAUUUCGGGUCAGCCAGAUAACUACAAUGGAAAAGAGCAGUGUGCUGGAAAAAAUUAUAAUGGAGGCUGGCUAGAUGAGACCUGCACCUACUCAAAUUAUUUCAUUUGUUAUGAUGGAAGUGCAAAUGCAACAGAGAAAAUGGUUUUGAGCAAGACUACAAAGACAUGGAUUGAUGCUCGGGAGUACUGCAGACAGCAUUAUACAGACCUGGCUAUCAUUAGGAGUAGAGAAGACAAUGAUGAGAUAAACACAUUGCAAUCUAGUUUGCAGGUUUUUGUCUGGAUUGGAUUGUACAGAGACACUUGGAAGUGGUCAGAUCAGGCGAACUUCACUUCCUCAACCCAACUCGCUACUCAGACAUUUGGACUACAGACCUAUGACUGUGUUGGUGCAUAUAUCAAUACUGGUACACCUGAUGACUGGACAUGCAGCUCAGCUUAUUACUUCUGCUGUAACACUGUCAAGAGGAAGAGGCAGGUGAUCCGAGUGCAGGUGAAAGCCGCUGAGAACAUGGAUGAAGACAAACUGAAGGCGCUCGUCUUAAAACAGUUCAAGCAGACGCUGAGCGACGAGGACGUCUCUAUGACAUGGAGGACACAACCCAACGGGAAAGUCUUCCAGAAGAAGUGGACUGCACGGAAACAUACUACUCGUGUUUGUCGUUCUUUGGGGUGAAAUUUAUCUAAAAUUAAUGCAAUUCAUCCUUAGUUACAGAUAUCUGAAUAUUAAAGUUAGAUUAACAACUUAUAGUAAUUUCUCAAAAAUAGUUACAUAUAUUCAUUCUGCAUUUAUUCAUUUAGUUGACAUAUGUAUGCCUAAAUAUGAGCUAACAAAGGGUAGUAUGUAGGGAUGCACAAUAUUAGAUUUUUGCCGAUAUCCCAUAUGCUGAUAUUUUUCAAAUCAUUUUGGCCAGUAGCCGAUGUUGAUACUGAUGUAUUUCCCUUUGUUUUGAAACAACACCAAGUCUCUCCUGUUUGAAAAUGAUAAACAAAUUGUUUUAAUUUUUGGUUAUUUUUGAGCAAAAACUUGACAAACAUUAUAAAAUUUUUAA